UAGCGCUCUCGUCGACGUCCAAACUCCAUUAUCACUAUGUCCAAACAGAUAGCCUUUUUUGCUUUACACGACGACGUUUGCUUUCUCUUUUAUCUCCCUCCACCCAACCAGCGAACAAUUAAAACAUCGCUACCAAACACAUCAUCUCCUCCUCCACACAAUGUCGAAGUCUUCUUCAAACCUUGCUUCAUGCGCCGUCGCCACGCUUUUCAUCGUCUUCCUUAUCAUCGCCGCUCUAACAGUUUAUCUAACUGUAUUUAGACCGAGAGAUCCAGAGAUCUCCGUCACUAGUGUUAAGGUUCCGUCAUUCUCCGUUUCGAACGGCUCCGUCAGCUUCACUUAUUCCCAAUUCUCCGCCGUUAGAAACCCUAACCGCGCAGCUUUCUCGCACUACAACAACGUAAUCCAGCUCUUCUACUACGGAAACCGGAUCGGUUCCACUUUCAUACCCGCUGGUGAGAUCGAAUCGGGUCAAACGAAACGCAUGUCUGCUGAUUUCUCAGUACAGUCGUUUCCUUUAGCGGUGGCCUCUGCUUCUCAGAUCUCCGCCGCCGGAUUUCGAAAUCUUGGAUCAGGCGGUUACGGAACCGGGUUAGUGGAGUUGGAUAAUCGGUCCGGGUCAACGGUGGAAAUAGAGUCGAAGCUGGAGAUGGCGGGUCGGGUCCGGGUUCUUGGUUUGUUUACUCACCGAAUCGCGGCAAAAUGUAACUGUAGGAUCGUGAUUUCCACGAGUGAUGGUUCGAUCGUAGCCGUCCGUUGUUAGAUAGUUGAUAAAUAUACUGUAACAGUCUUUUCUGAUACAUUUAAAAGUUUAGAAAUUUGCAAAUAUAAAUACAAAAAUUUUGUACCUGCAAUGUUAUUUGAAAUAAUUGAAAUGCUUUUUCAGAUU